AUGAAGCCGCCGGUCCCCCCUGCCCUGAAGCCAGUGCCCUCUGUCGCUGGGGUCCCUGCGAGUCCGAGUCCGGACCUCGUGUCUCGCGAGGUUCCGUCGUCCCUCCUGCCUGCCCCGUCUGCACCUGUUGCUGAGCCGGGCCCUCCUGCGCCCUCUGCUCCUACUCUGCCGGCUGUCCCUAUGAAUCCUGCGGCCCCGCCUGCCGUUGCCGGUCCUGUUGUUGCGCCGCCCGUGCCUGAGCUCCCUGCGGCAUCGCCCGCCGUUGUUGCCCCUGUUGCACUCGACGCGGCUGUUGAUUCGUCUCCGCUGGCGGCGUCCGCCACCACUGGCGGCCUGUCUCCGUUGGCUGCGCCCUCGGCGGCGGGCCAGGCUGCGCCUGUUGUGAUGCCGAUGGCCUCGGCGGGCCAGCCGCCGCACCCCCCGUCGCCUGACCGCCGCCUAUCUCGCCCCCAUUCCCCCGCGGUCCACCAGGAGCGCGAGUCGUCACGGCGCCGGCGCGAUUCUCCGCGGCGCUACCAUCAGCAGGCGCACUGGCCUGCUCACCCCGGCGGUCAUGGGGGCUGGAGGGGUCCCCGCGGGCGCGGUGGUGGCGGGGCAUACCGCCCGCCUGUGACAAUGGCGGAUCUUCAGCGGGAGGUGUCGAGGGCAGUGCGCGUGGAGAGGGAGGCGCAGAGCCAGAGCAGUUCGCUGCGGGCCGCGCCAGCGCAGGUGGCUCCUCGUCAGGCUGUGCCUCCCGUGGAUUUUCCGCCAGCAGCUGCACCUCCUCCGCCUGUCCUUGCUCCAUCGGCUCCCGCUCCUGCUGCCUCGGCUGCUGCUCCUGGGUCUCGUCUUCGCCUGCCGCCCGUUCCACCAGUGGCGGGUGUGGAGUUCGUGGCUGCUGGCGGAGGUUCGGCAGACGCGCAGUACGCUCCGUUUCUUGAUGCUGAUGAGCCGUAUUCAUUCUUGGCGGUGGCACUUCAGCCCCCGCAGACCCGUGUUCCCGAGGCGACACUAGGCCAGCUGCACCGACUUGCGGAGAGCCUUCACGCGCUGCUGCUGAUUCAGGUGGUGGCUCACUCGUCCCUCCCUGCGAUACCUGCUGAAUCGUUUCGUGACCGGCCACGCGAGACUUGCUUGGACGCGGCGGACCAGCUCGCACAGCUGCUGGCGCCCGCGUUGGCUGCGCCCGCAGAGGGUGGCGCUGCGGCUGUGGGACAGCUUGACGAGGCUGUCCGGGGCUUAAGGCGACACUUGCGCGCUGGAUCUGGAGCCGCGGCGAUCAGCGCACGUACGCUGGUGGUCCAUCCCAGCAUCCCCCCGCCUUGUGGCCGCCCCCUGUGUCCUCACCCCAUCCCUCCCCCACUCCUUGCCGUCCCUAAUACUGCCUCCUCCCACGCCACCCCCUCCAGCUCCUCCCCCUCUCUACCGCUCCCCAUCUGGUCGCCUCCCUGCCUCCUCCCCCCCCCGGCUGUCUAA